AUGAGCAGCGUUCCCGACGGCCAGCCGAGGAGGCGGGCGUCGAGACAUGAUGUCAAGUCCGAGAGGGGGAUGACCUCGGCUUCCAGCGGCCAUUCGCGGUUCAGGCCCAAACAGCACCAACCCCUGCUGCCAAUGCACGCACUUUGGCGCCAAGAUAAGAUAGUUGCCCCGUCAACACUGCCAAUGGCCGACAUCGUCAUCUUCCAGCUUGGCCCAAACAGGAAAACCUGGCAGCUGCAGGUUUCAGCUCCCCAUUUGAACGAGACGCUGUCAGCGGAUCUGACACCUUCCACGAUGAGCGGUGAGGACUCUCCUCGCGAGCACCGCAAACGCCGAGAGUCCAGCUCGCGCAGACAGCACCGGCGCAAAUCAACCUCGCACAACCGACACCAUGCCGACGCGGAAGAUAGCGGAUCGGGCGGCACUCAACCCCUUUCUCCGGACGCCCUAGCCCACCUCAAUCAGGGCAACGCGCGAGAUGUCCCCCGCGCCCGGGAGAGGGGCGGGGAACGAGAGAGGGGUGGAGAAAGGGUGAGAGACAGGACCAGAGAGAGGACAAGAGAGAGAACUAGAGAGCGCGAGCGGGAGAGGGAGCGGGACGGAGACGGCGAGAGAGACGAGGAAGACGAGCGGACUCGCGAAAUGAGAAGACAGCUUGCGCGCGAGUGGGAGCGGAGCAGGAAGCAGCGAGUGGAAGAGCCGCCUGCACGCGACCGCACCAGAGAGCGCCCUCGGGAGAGAGAGCGAGAGCGGGACAGGGAGCGGGACAGGUCCAAGCGACAGGAUCGCCAGCGGGCUGUCGACGCAAGCCGUGACCGCGAACGGGAGCGGGAGCGCAACCGGGAUAGGGAGUCCAGGCCGAGACCCGAGAAGAAGCAGUACAAAGAGGUUGAUCGUGGAGAGGGCUCGAAGCGACCAAAAGAGAAAGCCGGCGGCAUGAAGAAACGGGUUGUCAGCGGCGCGGUCAUGGAGGAGGGCAGAAGCAAGGGGUUCAGGGGCCUGCGCGGUGGUGGCUGGAGCAGCAACGCCAGCACAGAUAAGAUGCCGCUGACUAACAAGAACUCGCCGGAAUACAAGCGGAGGCGCAAGAAGAUCCUGAUCGGCAUCGGUGUCGGAGUUGUGCUCGUCAUCAUCCUCAUUAUCGUCGCGGCGGUUGUGAGCACACAGAAGGAAGUCCCGGGAGAAAACAAGUCAAGUCUGAACGACAUAUCCAAAGACAGCAUCCCCCCAGGUGCGCCCUCGUAUCUCGAUCCGUUCCAGUGGCAGGACACCAAGGACUUCAACCUGACAUACACGGCCGCUACGGUGGGGGACCUCCCUGCCAUGGGCCUGUUUAGCAGCUGGGACGACUCCAAGCAAGCCAACGACAAAGUCCCACCGCUAAACAAGCCGUGGGGCUCGUACGCGUCGCGGCCGGCGCGGGGGGUGAACCUGGGUGGGUGGCUCAGCAUCGAGCCCUUCAUCACGGCGGACCUGUACAACUGGGACGCGGGCAGGGGGGUCAUCGACGAGUGGACCAUGUGCCGGGAGCUGGGGUCGAGCUGCGCGGGCUUCCUGGAGAAGCACUACGCGAGCUUCGUGACGGAGCAGACGUUUGCCGACAUUGCGGCGGCCGGGCUGGACCACGUGCGGAUCCCGUUUGGGUACUGGGCGGUGCAGACGUACGACGGCGACUCGUUCCUGUUCCGGACAUCGUGGCGGUACCUGCUCCGGGGCAUCGAGUGGGCGCGCAAGUACGGGCUCCGCAUCAACCUGGACCUGCACGGCCUCCCGGGCAGUCAGAACGGGUGGAACCACAGCGGGCGGCAGGGGACCAUCGGCUGGCUCAACGGGGCCGACGGGACGCGCAACGCGCAGCGGUCGCUCGACAUCCACGACAGGCUGUCUAAGUUCUUUGCGCAGGACCGGUACCGCAACAUCAUCUCGCACUACGGGCUGGCCAACGAGCCCAAGAUGACGUCUCUGUCAACGUCGGCCGUGGUGGACUGGACGUCCAAGGCGUUCGGCCUGGUGCGGGCCAACGGGAUCCGCGACGCCAUCGUCGUGUUCGGCGACGGCUUCAUGGGCCUCCACAAGUGGCAGGGCCAGCUGACGGGCCACGAGGGCCUGGCGCUCGACGUGCACCAGUACGUCAUCUUCAACGUGAACCAGAUCGUCUUCAACCACUCGGCCAAGAUCCAGUACGCGUGCGACGGCUGGACCAAGCAGACGCAGCAGAGCAUGGACACGACCACGGGGUUCGGGCCGACCAUGGUGGCCGAGUGGUCGCAGGCCGACACGGACUGCGCGCGCCACCUGACAAACGUGGGUCAGGGCAACCGCUGGACGGGCACGUACAAGAGCGGCGACCCGUUGACCGAGGCGCUCACGCCGCGCUGCCCGGCCCAGGACUCGUUGUGCGACUGUGCCAUGGCCAACGCGGACCCGUCGCGCUACAGCGACGCCUACAAGGCCUUUUUGCGCGCCUUUGCCGAGGCCCAGAUGCACAGCUUCGAGAAGGGCUGGGGCUGGUUCUAUUGGUCCUGGGAGGCCUCGCACGCCCAAUGGAGCUACAAGAAGGGCCUGGCCGCCGGCAUCCUGCCGCCCAAGGCCUACGACCGGUCUUUUAACUGCGACCUGUCCAAGGUGCCUAGUUUUGCGGGGUUGCCUGAGACGUACUGA